AUGAAUGAAGUCGACGAGUUGCGGUCGAAUGAUAAUCAAUCAGAGCCAACGAACAUUACUUCAUCAGAUGUCAAAAGCAACUAUAUUGACUCUGAGCAAUCAUCGUAUGAAGAAAUUGCUGGCAUUGUCUCAAAUAAAGAUAAUCCCGAUAUGGUUAUUAUCACAUUUCGUAGUUGUUUAAUUGGUAUCUUGUUCACCGCACUCAUAUCAUCGCUUGAUCAAUAUUUAUAUUAUUAUAAAAACCCAUACUCAGUUCCACAUCUUGUACUUUUACUUCUAACAUAUCCACUAGGUAGUCUAUUAGCAAGAUGUCUGCCGAGCAAACCUUUCAUAAUUUGGAAAUGGAAUAUUUCAUUAAAUCCGUGUGCGUUCACUAUUAAAGAGCAUGCAAUCAUUUAUGUAAUGAUUUAUAUUGCCGGUCAAACAGUUGCAGCCAUCGAUGUGGUGGUUUAUAUAAAAACUAUCGAAGGCUUUGACACACAUUUUGCCUGGGGUGUUCUUCUCGCAUUAUCGUCUCAAAUAAUGGGAUAUGGAGCAGCUGGUAAGUAA